AUGUCAUCAGUCUUAAAAGCUAUUCAAUUAUACACCUGGGGUACUCCCAAUGGAUUCAAAAUCUCCAUUUUCUUAGAAGCCUUGAAUAUCAAGUAUGAUGUCCACCCAAUCGACAUCAGUACCGGUGUCCAAAAACAAGAACCAUUCAUCACCCUAAACCCCAACGGACGUAUCCCUACUAUUGUUGAUCCAAACACCAACCUCACCAUUUCUCAAACUGGUGCUAUUUUACAAUAUCUUGCUGAAACUUAUGACAAGGAGAGAAAAUUCAGUUAUGAACCAGGCACGCCGGAAUAUUGGAAACAGCUUGAAUAUUUGAUGUUUCAAGUGGGUGAAAAUGGUCCUAUCCAGGGUCAGGCGAAUCAUUUUGCUGUGUUUGCUCCUGAAAAGAUCGAAUAUGGGAUUAACAGAUAUAAAAAUGAUACGAAAAGGAUUUAUGGGGUUUAUGAAGAGAUUUUGAGAAGAAAUAAGGAGAAUGGAUUAUAUCUUGUUGGUAAUCAUUAUUCAAUUGCUGAUUUUUCUUUGAUUGGUUGGGCUAAUAGUUUGAAGUGGUUGGAUAUUGAUAUUCAUGAUUGGCCAUUGGUUGGGAAAUGGUUUGAUAAUUUUUCGAAUGAGCCUUAUGUUCAAAAGGGAUUUAAAGUCCCAGAGAUUUAG